AUGACCACAUUCAAGGAGGCAGUGACCUUCACGGAUGUGGCUGUGACCUUCACGGAGGAGGAGUUGGGGCUGCUGGACUUGGCCCAGAAGAAGCUGUACCAGGAUGUGAUGCUGGAGAACUUCCGGAAUCUGGUCUCAGUGGGGUGUCACCCCUUUAGACAUGAUAUAUUUCACUUAGAAAAGGAAAAAAGGCUUUGGGUGGUGAAGACAGCAACUCAAAGAGAAGGGAAGUCAGAAGAAAAGAUCCAAAGUGAGAUGGAGGCUAUUUCAGAAGUAGGACCACAUGAAGAGCUUUCCUGCUGGCAGAUCUGGCAACACAUUGCAAGUGACUUAACCAGGUGUCAAGACUCCAGGAUAAAACGUUUUGAAUUCCACCACCAACAUGACUCCCCUGGCCAGAAUGGGGCCGGACUAUCUGUAAUUCACACUGGCCAGACACCUCCUCAGUGUAAUGAAUGUACAAAAUCUUUUGGUGAUCUCUCCAACUUUGAUCUUCAUCAACAAAUACACUCAGGAGAGAAGUCUCAUACAUGUUGUGAGUGUGGAAAAAGCUUCUGUUACAGCUCAGCACUUCGCAUUCAUCAGAGAGUUCACUCGGGAGAGAAACGCUAUAAGUGUGAUGAGUGUGGCAAGGAAUUCAGCCAGAGUUCACAGCUGCAAAUUCAUCAGAAAGUCCACACUAGGGUCCACACAGGAGAGAAACCUUAUAAAUGUGAGGAGUGUGGUAAAUGCUUUGUUCAACCUUCACAAUUUCAGGCCCAUUGGCAAAUUCACAUGGGAGAGAAACCACAUGUAUGUAAAGUGUGUGGUAAGGGCUUCAUUUACAGUUCAAGUUUUCAAGCCCAUCAGGGAGUCCACACAGGAAAGAAACCAUACAGAUGCGAUGAGUGUGGGAAGAACUUCAGGAUGAAAAUCCAUUAUCAAGUUCAUCUGGUUGUCCACACAGGAGAAAAACCCUAUAAAUGUGAGGUACGUGGGAAAGGGUUUCGUCAGAGUUCAUAUCUUAAAAUCCAUCAGAAGGCCCACAGCGUAGAGAAACCCUACAAGUGCAAGGAGUGUGGGCAAGGCUUCAAUCAGAAUUCACGACUUCAGAUCCACCAGCUGAUCCAUACUGGUGAGAAACCAUACAAAUGUGAAGAGUGUGGGAAGGGAUUCAGUCGUAGAGCCGAUCUUAAAAUUCACUGCAGAAUCCACACUGGAGAGAAACCGUACAAUUGUGACAAGUGUGGAAAAGUCUUUAGUCAGGCAUCUCAUCUUCUGACCCACCAGAGAGUCCACAGUGGAGAAAAGCCAUUCAAAUGUGAAGAGUGUGGCAAGAGCUUCAGUCGGAGUUCACACCUUCAAGCCCACCAAAAAGUCCACAUUGGAGAAAAGCCAUACAAAUGUGAGGAGUGUGGGAAGGGCUUUAAUUGGCAUUCACGCCUGCAGGCUCAUCAGCGAAUCCACACUGGGGAGAAACCUUACAAAUGUGAUGCAUGUGGCAAGGGCUUCAGUUAUAGCUCACACCUAAACAUCCAUUGUAGAAUCCACACAGGUGAGAAACCGUAUAAGUGUGAGGAGUGUGGGAAAGGCUUCAGUGUGGGUUCCCACCUCCAGGCCCAUCAGAUAAGCCACACGGGAGAGAAACCUUACAAAUGUGAGGAGUGUGGGAAGGGCUUCUGCCGGGCCUCAAAUCUUCUGGACCAUCAGAGAGGCCAUAGUGGAGAGAAACCAUAUAAAUGUGAGGAGUGUGGGAAAGGUUUCAGUCAGGCCUCAAAUCUUCUGGCCCAUCAGAGAGGCCACACUGGAGAAAAACCGUACAAAUGUGGUACAUGUGGGAAGGGCUUCAGCCGGAGUUCAGAUCUUAAUGUUCAUUGUCGAAUCCACACAGGAGAGAAGCCCUAUAAAUGUGAGAAGUGUGGGAAGGCCUUCAGUCAGUUCUCAAGCCUUCAAGUGCAUCAGAGAGUCCACACUGGAGAGAAACCAUAUCAGUGUGCAGAGUGUGGGAAAGGCUUCAGUGUGGGCUCACAGCUGCAGGCCCAUCAGAGAGUCCACACAGGGGAAAAACCAUAUAAAUGUGAGGAGUGUGGGAAAGGCUUCAGUUGGAGCUCCACACUUAACAGUCAUUGUAUGGUCCAUACUGGAGAGAAACCAUACAAAUGUGAGGAGUGUGGGAAGUGUUUCACUUGUAGCUCAAAUCUGCAUAUCCACCAGAGGGUCCACACAGGAGAGAAGCCUUAUAAAUGUGAGGAGUGUGGUAAAUGCUUUGUUCAACCUUCACAAUUUCAGGCCCAUCGGAGAAUUCACACAGGAGAGAAACCAUAUGUAUGUAAAGUGUGUGGUAAGUGCUUCAUUUACAGUUCAAGUUUUCAAGCCCAUCAGGGAGUCCACACAGGAGAGAAACCAUACAGAUGCAAUGAGUGUGGGAAGAACUUCAGGAUGAAAAUCCAUUAUCAAAUCCACCAGCUGAUCCAUACUGGUGAGAAACCAUACAAAUGUGAAGAGUGUGGGAAGGGAUUUAGUCGUAGAGCCGAUCUUAAAAUUCACUGCAGAAUCCACACUGGAGAGAAACCGUACAAUUGUGACAAGUGUGGAAAAGUCUUUAGUCAGGCAUCUCAUCUUCUGACCCACCAGAGAGUCCACAGUGGAGAAAAGCCAUUCAGAUGUGAGGAAUGUAGCAAGAGCUUCAGUCGGAGUUCACACCUUCAAGCCCACCAAAAAGUCCACACUGGAGAAAAGCCAUACAAAUGUGAGGAGUGUGGGAAGGGCUUUAAUCGGAAUUCACACCUUCAGUCCCAUCAGAGAGUCCAUACGGGAGAGAAACCGUACAAAUGUGAGGAGUGUGGGAAGGGCUUCAUUUGUAGCUCAAAUCUAUACAUUCACCAGAGAGUCCACACAGGAGAAAAACCCUACAAAUGUGAGGAAUGCGGGAAAGGCUUUAGUCGGCCUUCAAGUCUUCAGAUCCACCAGCUGAUCCAUACUGGUGAAAAACCAUACAAAUGCGAAGAGUGUGGGAAGGGAUUCAGUCGGAGAGCAGAUCUUAAAAUUCACUGCAGGAUCCACACUGGAGAGAAACCGUACAAUUGUGAGGAGUGUGGAAAAGUCUUCAGGCAGGCCUCAAAUCUCCUGGCCCAUCAGAGAGUUCAUAGUGGAGAAAAGCCAUUCAAAUGUGAAGAAUGUGGCAAGAGCUUUGGUCGGAGUUCACACCUUCAAGCCCACCAAAAAGUCCACACUGGAGAAAAGCCAUACAAAUGUGAGGAGUGUGGGAAGGGCUUUAAUCAGGCCUCAAGUCUUCAGCUUCAUCAGAGUGUCCACACUGGAGAGAAGCCCUACAGAUGUGAUGUGUGUGGUAAAGUCUUCAGUCGGUCUUCACAACUGCAGUCUCAUCAGAGAGUCCACACAGGGGAGAAACCUUACAAGUGUGAGACUUGUGGCAAGGCCUUUGGCAGCAGCACAGGCCUCAUCAUCCAUUACCGGACGCACACAGGGGAGAAACCUUACAGAUGCGAGGAGUGCGGUAAAUGCUUCAGCCAGAGUUCCAAUUUUCAGUGCCAUCAGAGGGUCCACACGGAAGAGAAGCCCUACAAGUGUGAAGAGUGCGGGAAGGGCUUCGGCUGGAGUGUCAACCUCCGUGUUCAUCAGCGGGUCCACAGGGGCGAGAAACCCUACAAGUGUGAGGAGUGCGGGAAGGGCUUCACGCAGUCGUCCAAGCUCCAGACCCACCAGCGAGUCCAUACUGGGGAGAAGCCCUACAGGUGCGACGUGUGCGGCAAGGACUUCAGUUACAGUUCCAACCUGAAGCUGCACCAGGUCAUUCACACCGGAGAGAAACCAUACACCUGCGAGGCGUGCGGCAAGGGCUUCAGCUGGAGGUCCAACCUUCAUGCCCAUCAGCGAGUCCACUCUGGAGAGAAGCCCUACAAAUGUGAGGCGUGUGACAAGAGCUUCAGUCAGGCCAUAGACUUCCGGGUCCAUCAGCGAGUCCACACAGGCGAGAAACCCUACAAGUGUGGUGUCUGCGGGAAGGGCUUCAGCCAGUCCUCGGGUCUUCAGUCCCAUCAGAGGGUCCACACCGGGGAGAAGCCCUACAAGUGCGACGUGUGUGGGAAGGGCUUCCGAUACAGUUCCCAGUUUAUUUAUCACCAGAGGGGCCACACCGGUGAAAAGCCUUACAAGUGUGAGGAGUGUGGGAAAGGCUUCGGGCGGAGCCUGAACCUUCGCCACCACCAGAGGGUCCACACAGGAGAGAAACCCCACAAGUGUGAGGAGUGUGGGAAGGCCUUCAGCCUCCCCUCCAACCUUCGAGUCCACCUGAGUGUCCACACCCGGGAGAAACUGUUUAAAUGCGAGGAGUGUGGGAAGGGCUUCAGUCAGAGUUCUCGGCUUCAAGCCCACCAGAGGGUCCACACAGGAGAAAAACCCUACAAGUGCAACGUAUGCGGUAAGGACUUCAGUCACCGUUCACGGCUGACAUACCAUCAGAAAAUCCACACUGUAAGGCCUCAUACCUUCAAGCCCAUCAGAAUCCAUACCGGGGAGAAGCCCUACAAAUGUGAUGUGUGUGAUAAGAACUUCAGCUGGAAUUUCCAUCUUCAGACCCAUCAGAGAGUUCACACAGGAGAGAAACCCUAA